GAUCUGAUCGCUGUAUGGGGAGAGGAAUCCGUGCUAUCAGAACUCCGUUCCAGUUUUCGAAAUGCCAAAACAUUUGUCAGUCUCCCAGGGCAUGAAGGACAGAGGCCAUAACAGGGACCCGAAGCAGUGCCGCCUGAAACUUAAGGAGCUGAGGCAAGCCUACCGGAAAACCAGAGAGGCAAACGGCCGCUCCGGGUCAGAGCCCCAAACAUGCCGCUUCUAUGAUGAGUUGCAUUCCAUUUUAGGGGGUUCAGCCACCAGUACUCCAGCCGUGUUGUUUGACUCCUUCAAUGGAGAUGGAGGCAACACGGAAGCAGGUUUUGGGGACGAGGAAGAUGAUGAUGAUGAUGAGGUUGUAAAUAGCUCACAGCAAGCAAGCGGAGAAACCGGUUUUCCCGACAGCCAGGAACUGUUUCUCACCCUGGACCUGGAACCAGUACUCCCUGAACCCACCCAAGGCUGCCUCCCAGAUCCGCCAGGUGGAGAAGGGACCUCUGCUGCAUGUGUUUCAAGGAUCACAGGAUCUUCUCCCUCCCAGAGGCUAGCGAAGAUCAGAAGGCGAAAAAAACACACUUGCGAUGAAAUGUUCUCUGAGCUCAUGCUGUCCUCCCACACUGACAGAGCACAGACGAAUGCAUGGAGGCAGACAAUGUCAGAGUACAGGAAAGCACAAAAUGACCGGGAGGAGUGGUGGUGGGCUGAAGACAGGGCUGAAGCUGAAAGUUGGCGGCAGCGUGAUGAGAGGAGGCAGGACUCUAUGCUGAGGCUGCUGGAGGAUCAAAGUAAUAUGCUCCAGUGUAUGGUUGAACUGCAGGAAAGGCAGCAGGAGCACAGACCGCCGCUACAGCCCCUGUGUAACCAACCGCCCUCCUCCCCAAGUUCCAUAGCCUCCUCACCCAGACACCCAAGAACACGGUGGGGGGCCUCCAGCCACUCCACCCCAGAGGAUUGCCCAAGCAACAGAAGGCUGGCAUUCAAUAAGUUUUAAACUUUUAAAGUGCUGUGUGGCAUUAUCCUUCUCUCCUCCAGCACCCCUUCUGCGCUACCUUGGUAGUUAUCCCCUUAUUUGUGUGAUGAAUUAAUAAAGAAUGCAUGAAUGUGAAGCAACAAUGA